AUGGACCACUGGACAGAAUGGAAAUUUCACACCAAGGUGAGCACCCUCCAGCACAGCGGUACCUCAGCCCGGCUGGAGAACCCCGAGUUCAUGGGCAAAGGCGGAUUUGGCGCUGUCUUCCGGGCACAGCACAGGACUUGCGGUUUGGAAGUGGCGGUGAACAUCGUGAACUCGUGAUGCCGGCCGGCGAUAUCCAGGGAGAUGAAGGCCAUGGCAAGCCUGUGUAACAAUCAUGUGCUGCCCCUGCUGGGGGUCACAAAGAAACUGGAGUGGGAGUACGUGUCUGGGCCGGCUCUGGUGACUUAAUUCAUGGAGAGUUCCCUGGUGGUGCUGCUACAGCCCCAGUGCCCAACUGGGCCGCUCCUCUGCCUCCUGCUGCAGGAGCUGGUGCUCGGGAUGUGCUACCUGCACAGCCAGAACCCCAUGCUUCCACACCGGGACCUCAAGCCCCCCAACGUCCUAUUGGACUCAGAGCUGCAUGCCAAGCUGGCAGAUUUGGACCUGUCCACGUUUCUGGGAGUCUCACAGUCAGGGGCAGGAUCUGGGGAGUCAGGGAGCACCCCAGCUUGCUUGGCCCCAGAACUGUUGGCUGAUAUAAACUGGAAGGCCUCCAUGGCCAGUGAUGUCUACAGCUUCAGGAUCCUAAUGUGGGCAGUGCUAGCCAGAAGAGAAGCUGAGAUAGUGGACCAUAAAUCACUGCAGCGGGAAGCAGUGUGUGAGAGGCAGAUCCGGCCUGCAUUGACUGAGCUGCCCCAGUCUGGCCCUGAUCCUGGCUUGGAAGUACUGAAGGAUUUAAUGCAGCACUGCUGGAGCCAUGAGCCCCAGAAGAGGCCCUCCUUCCAAGAAACCAGAAGCCCAGCCCCACCUCAGCUUGGACCCCAGGUCCUGGACCCCAAGGGUAUCAGGGAACUGAGAGACGUGACACCAACUGGCCUCCCAGGGCGCCAGGGCCAAAUCCAGUACCAGCCUCUCCUGCGUCAGCCCCCAUACUACCACCUCCCUCCGCUGCAUACCCAUGCACACAUUGCUUCUGUGGAGGCACUGGAACCCUUUGAUCCUCAGCUGGUGUCUGGGAGUGGACAGCGACGGCUCCACAAAGCUACACGCAGAUGUGCCCCUCCCCUGGAGCUGGACGCCACUGGAGUAUGGACCACUCAGAUAGGCCACAGCGCUGCCAUCUAG